CCGUGGCGCUCGGGGCGAGCGGGCGCGGAUGGCGGCGGCGAGGGGCGCCUGAGCGGGCCGGGGCCAUGAGCGCCGCCCGGCCCCAGUUCAGCAUCGAUGACGCCUUCGAGCUGUCCCUGGAGGACGCGGGCCCGGGGCCCGAAUUCAGCGGAGUCGCCCGCUUCGGGCCGCUGCACUUCGAGCGCCGGGCCCGGUUCGAGGUGGCCGACGAGGACAAGCAGUCCCGGCUGCGCUACCAGAACCUGGAGAACGAUGAGGAUGGAGCCCAGCCCUCUGCGGAGCCCGAUGGGGGAGUCGGCACCAGGGAUUCCAGCCGAACGUCCAUCCGCAGCUCCCAGUGGUCCUUCAGCACCAUCAGCAAUAGCACCCAGCGCUCCUACCAUGCCUGCUGCAGCUGGACUCAACACCCUUUGAUCCAGAAGAACCGCCGGGUGGUGCUGGCCUCCUUCCUGCUCCUGCUGCUGGGGCUGAUGCUGAUCCUGAUCGCCGUGGGACUGGAGGUGGCCCCCUCGUCAGGUGUCUCCAGCGCCAUCUUCUUUGUGCCCGGCUUCCUGUUGUUGGUCCCGGGAGUCUACCACGUGAUCUUCAUCUACUGCGCGGUCAAGGGCCACCGCGGCUUCCAGUUCUUCUACCUGCCCUACUUCGAGAAGUGAGCCGCGGGGCGGGAUCCAGCCUUGUCUCCGAGCGGCCCCAGGGGGCGCUCUUCGGGUCCGCGCCGCUCCGGUUCCCUCUUCACCAGGGAAGAACUCUGGGACCCGCCAGCCCCCAGCCCCCUCGGAAGUUUGUUCAGGAAGUUUGCCCAAUACCCAGGCCUGGGAAAGUCGCCCCUGGCCUGUUCUGUGCCUUAACUUAUUCUUGGGCCGUGGAGCUGCUGGGUUGGUGGUGUUUUGUGCUAAUAAAAGAAUGUACUUAAUUCCAAAA